AGCGAGGGCGCGAGGCCGGGCCAUUGUCGCACCUGCCUGCGUUGGGGGACAGGCCGGGGCUGCCAGCUCAGCGCGGGGCGGGGCAGCUUUCCGCCCCUCCGGGCCCCGCGUCAGGGCUGCCGCGGGCCAGGCCAUGGAGCUGGAUGAGGCUUUCGGGGAGGUCGGGGAGUUCGGCCGCAGCCAGCGGCGCCUCGCCGCCUUCCUGGUGCUGCUGCAGGUGUAUGUAGCCUGCCAGUCCAUGCUUAUUGUGCUAGUGGGGGCUGUACCGCAGUAUCAUAUCAACCAAGAAGAAAUUCCAGCCAGCAGAGAUGAGCUUGCCAAGCGCAUCCAAUUUACAGAUAACUUCACAUCUAUAGUAACUGAGUGGUAUUUAAUCAAACAAGAAGCUUAUAAAGUGAGCCUUGCAUCAUCCGUGUUUUUUGCUGGUUUGCUUAUUGGAAAUAUUGCAUUUGGCCCAUUGUCUGAUAAAUUGGGCAGGAAGCCAGUGUACCUGUCAGGUCUGUUCUUUGAUGUAAUUUUUGGGUAUGUUGCGGCAUUUGCUCCAAGCUAUGAAAUUUUUGCAAUGUCACGCUUUAUUGUUGGGAUUACAAAUGGUGGAAUGUCUCUGGUGUCUUUUGUCUUGACACAAGAAUAUGUAGGAAAGUCAUUCUGGUCUUUUACAGGUUCAUUAACAAAUUUGACCUUUGCAGUUGGCAUAGCAGUUUAUGCCUUACUGGGUUACUACAUAAGGCAAUGGCGUUACCUUGCAUUUGUAUCAAAUUGUCCAGGAAUUGUCUUUUUUCUCCUUUCUCUUUUGCUUCCAGAAUCACCUAGAUGGCUGUAUUCCCAGGGGAACACUAUAGAAGCGGAGCGUGUACUACAAUACAUAGCCCUGGGUAAUGGAAAAGAAAGGUUAACUAUAAAAUUAAAACCAUGUGCAGGUACAAUGAAAACAGAUGAAUCAGCACCCAGUGUCCUAAGCCUAGUAAAACACCCAGUCCUUCGGUGGCGAACUGUCAUUUUGAUGUAUAUCUGGUAUGUCUGCAGUCUUGUGUACUAUGGCUUAACAUUGAAUGCUGGUGAAUUAGGAGGAAAUCUGUACCUAAAUGUAGCUCUGUAUGGCCUUGUAGAAGUUCCAGCAUUUCCACUCUGUAUGUUCUUUAUUGAGAAACCCUGGUCUGGAAGACGUAAAACUAUGACCUCUUUUCUGAUAUUUGCAGGGUUUGCCUGUAUAAUCACCAUGCUUUUACCUGAAAAUGCUGGUUUAUUCUUCAGUCCAACUUUGUUAGCGUUGUGUGGAAAAAUGACAGUCAGUGCUGCCUUCAACAUAGUGUAUAUUUAUACUUCAGAACUCUACCCAACAGUAUUAAGAAAUGCUGGCUUGGGUGUCUGUUCAAUGACUUGUAGAUUUGGUGGUAUUUUAGCUCCAUUUGUGCCUUCGAUGAAAUCUCUGAAUCCAUCCAUGCCAUUUGUGGUGUUUGGAAUCAGUGGAUUAUCAGCAGGAUUCUUGACUCUUCUUCUUCCAGAAACUGUAAACAAGCCAAUUGCAGAGAGCAUUGAAGACCUGCAGAUGUCCAAAUACCAAUUGCUAAAAAACAAAAAGGCAGAGUAACUCAAUUAGAAGAAAACACUUAAACUUUCAGAAACAUCUCUGUAGUGAAAAGUCAAACAUCUUUUGGAAAGAUACUUUCACAAUUAGUGUGGAACCAUUGAGAUACCACAGUGGAGGACAUAACUUAUGCCAAAGGAUAUAAAGUAAAGUACCAUUGCCAGUAUUAUGAACAAUUCAUUUUUAUAUCAAGGUAAACUAAGAAGAUGGAAAAACAGUUGAGCAAAAAAUGUGAAAAAGAAAUAGCAAAUCUGUGCAUUGAUUUAAGGACUCUAUAAGAUAAACUUUGGAUAUGGAAUAUGUAGUUUUUGAACUGAUGGAAUAUUUUACUCCAUUUUUUUUAUAUAUCUUACUGCAUUUGUCAGAUAUAAUUGUCAGAUGCAAACUGAACUAUAAUGGUGAAAUGGAAGUGGCAUUUUUUGUGUAUAUAUAUAUCUAUAUAUAAAACUUACAGAAUAGGUUGCAGGGCAGCCUUAUAUAUUUAGGCAUGCUGUAAUUGUUAAGAAUAAUUACACUAUGUAUAUGCCAAUCUCCUUAACUUUUAUUUUUAUUUUUAAACUACAUAAUACCUCACAGUAUAUUUCAAAAAAGAAGACCAACAGUUUUUAAAGUUUUUUGUCCUAAGUGUAAUGUGAGCAACAUGAGAACCUUGGUCAAAUUGAUCAAGAUGUUUCAGAGAGAAGUAGAAGAACUAUAAUGCUAGGUAUGUUUUUUCUAGAUCUAUUUAAAUAACACAGAAAUGUAAAGUUAAAAAUGACGAUAUUGGAAAGAAUAGUAUGGUGUUUUGUUUGUGUUUUGAAGAAAAGAGUUAUAUUUCAGUACGUGAGUACUGAACAUUUAGUCUAAAGUUUAUUUAGAGGAUUAAUUUAGCCAGCAGUAAAUGCUGACCUUAGGUAUGGCAGCAAAACUAGGAACAAGAUUAUCAAGCAGUAUAUAUUUAUAAACAGCAUUAUUAUUUCCAGUAGGACUUGGAAAUAUUUGCGGUAGAAAUAUAAGAGUUUAGUCAACAAUAUGUGCAAUUUGGAGUAGGUAUGUUAUAGAUGUUACUUUUACUUGAUGCCCAAAACAUUUGUGUAAUUAAAAAGAGAAUUUUGUAACAAAUGUUCUUUCACAGGUGUAUCUGCCUAUGCUGUUAUAAGGCUAUUUCCAACAUUUAGACUCUGGUCCUUUAUUUACUGGACUUGGUAGGGAAAGCCACUGCAUUUUGACAUCAGUUCCAUAAGUAGACUACAGUGCUGCAAAUCAUAACAUAUGGACUAACUGCUAUGCCUUAAUGUAACCUCACUGAAGAUAAUGGGACCCUAAACGGAUACAGCAUUCCACAUGUGUAUUAUAAAUUGCACAAUUAAUUCCUUAAACUGUUAAAAGGUAAAAUGCAGAUAAAGUUGUGAUUUUAGAUUACGUAAGCAUAAUUGAUCUGUAGUAAAGCAAAGCAUAGAAUAAAGUACAAGGAUUUUUUUCCUGAGGCUUUUUUUAUUUGUAAAUAGAGGCUGCCAACAAGUGUGCCUUUCUUCUAGGGGGAAAUUUUUAAGAAAUUUCUCCCACCAGAAACUGUUCUGGGGGGAGCAGUACAGGCAUUUAGCCAGCAACUGUCCUGUCUCCCUUCCUCUCCACACCUUCCCCAGCCCAGUGAUCAGUUUGGGGAGGAUAUGAGGAGCAGGUUGCUCUAUUCCUUCUGGUUCCAGGAAGACUUUGCAUGUACCACAUUGAGGGAGUUUUUCUUCCAUGCGGCACUUCAGUGCUGGCUCCCAUAGUUCCCCUGGGGCAGUUCCUGGUCUGGGGAAGUGGUGGGGAGCAUUGGCCUGUUUCUCUCCUCCCUUCCCAGACUAGUCCAGGAGGAGAGGAGAGCAGUGGUGUAAAGCCCCCAGACCAGAAGGAGAGUAAACAAGCAUUUUUUCUCAAGAGAGAAACUGUCUUGCAAGGGGGAUCUUCCAGGUUACUCUUGGAAUAUCUUUCCCCAGAAGGGGCAUGCUUCCUUUCAGAGAAAUUGAAUGAGCAGUUGUACACUUCUUGUUUCUGUUGGGAGAAAAGCAAUUCUCCUGGUAGAAAUGUAACUCCUGCGUGUGGCCAUAGUUUGGUUGUUACUCCCUGCUCGUAGCAUUUAUAACCACACUGAAUAGGCAUACGUCUUCAAAGGACAAUUAAAUGAGCAGAGAAAUAGUGAAGAUGAACACUUAUUACUGUUGACUUAACAGUAUGAUAGAAUACAUAUUCUAUCAUAAAAAUUAAAUCUUAAAAAAACUACCUAGAGGUAAAAGUAAGACAUUGAAAUAGGAUCCCCCCAAAGACGUCAUUGGUAAAGUUAAAAGUCUGUAUCCUUCUUCUGCCAGAUAUUUAAUGUAUCAGUCUAAAAAAUGUUUUGCCUCUUUCUUUUGUACCAGAUUCUACAGAAAGCAGGAAAUAAAUAAUCAUCUUUAUUUUAUAUGCAUUUAUCUCAUAGUUAUUUUUGAUAUUGAAUGCAUCUUGCUAUUAUCUACUAAGUAUUUUGUAUAUUUGACAGUUUGAUGAUCACAAAGGUCUUUUGUUUUAUGCUUGCCUCUGUUGUAAGAAAUAAAAUUAAUGUUACCCU